UUGAAGACUCUGUCACCUGUUUACAACACGUUACUUUACCUGGAAACCCAAAGAUGAGUUAUUUCCUGGAGGAGGAAUAGGUCUUGUUGAGUUAGUGACAAAAUUAGAAAACCAGAUAAGCCUUAUAGAGAGCCAAGUCAGCUAUUUGGAGAACUAGGUUAUACGCUUACAGAACCAGGUCAGCCACUUUGGAAACUACGUAUUGUAGGUCGUCCACACGGGGCGGGUCAUUCAAAAGAGCACUAGACCAUCCUCAAUGAGAAUUAGAUCAGUAACAUAAAAAAACUUCAGAGAACUGAAUCAGCUACACUGAAAAUGAGGUCAGCAAUUGAUAAAACAAAGUUUGGCAGAUAGAGAACAAUGGAGAGGAUUUCUUGGUACCAUAUGAUAUAAUUGUUAACUCCUCACAAAAAGCCAGCGUGAUGGCUAGUCCUGGUGAGGGAAAUGGUAACCAGGACAGGAAGCUCAAGCUUGACAUUGAAAAUGCUGGUCAUGUACAAGUGGCUGACGAAGCUGUAAUAGUCUCUACACAAGGUAGUACUAAGCCGAAGAUCAGCUAUGAGUGUCGCAUGGCUCAGAAGGAGGAAAAUAGACCUGGGAAACAGACACAAUGGGACAUCAAUAUAAAUAAGGCAACAACUGUACAGCAGAGUAAAUUUGCCAUGGCUGAUAUAAGUCCAACAGGUCCAAGAUCCAAGUCUCCUGAGGGUGUUGAAAAAAGUACGGAUACUAGCUUUGAUGGGAUGUAUGUCCGAGGUCACAGCAUGGGAUUUGGAGAGAACCUUCACUUUUGCUACCAAGACGGACCAAAUAUUCUACAGAUAGCCAAUUGCUGUACCUUUAUAGAAAUAGAUAUCAACAAAGAGCUGGUGCAGAAUAUCUGCGAUCAGGGUUGUUUAACAGUGGAGGUACCUUUGUCCAAUAGCAGGUCACUAAUAACAUUUAAGUGGGGUAGUUUACAGAUGGAGAGAGAGUAUAUACAGUGUGAAAUACUGGCAAAAGUAAAGACUAGACUUCAGUGUGCCGAUAUCUACAAUCUCGAAAAAGGUCUUGUGGAAUCACUCCUAUGUAAUAAGGACAACCAGGUUGAAGAAAUUGUGACACAUUUCUUUAAAAAUUACAAAGCUUAUUUAUUAGAGAUUGUAAAUGGAAGUCUUGUGUUUAAAUUCCUUGUACAUGAUGUAAAAGCCAAGGACACACUGUAUAGUCCCAAGAGUCUCAGUCGUAUCGCAGAGUUCCUGGAGAAGGUUCUAGUAACUAACACAAUCAGACAGAAGGCAGGAUGUCAACAAGUGUUCUUCCAGGUCACACCAAAUCAAGAAUGCUUCAGGGCUCGACCCAAUGUUAAUCACAUAUUUCAGUUUGAUACAAGCAUAAACAGGGAAUCAUCACCUAUUCUGACGGAAGGUUUUUUGGCACGGUUGAUACAGAGAAUUGUGUCACAAGAAUUACAGGCCAGCUUGUCCGAAAUCCAGGCUUCUUUAUCACAUACAGUAGCAAGAACUCUCUCCUUGGAAAUGCAAAAAAUUUUAGAAUCAAGAGAAACCAUGUCAAGAGAUGAAGUGGUGAUGACAUCGAUUACAUCUCCGGAGCAUCACAGUCUGGAACCAGAGAGUGUACUUCCAGAUGGUUCAAGUACAAGGGCGAGGACUGAAACUCCACCACAACCCAGGCCGAAACUGGAACAUGCACUCCAAGAUCGUUCAAAUUCAGGGAAGCAAAAUGCAUUUCCAAAAGAACAUGCAAGAGCGAGUGUUGUCCCAGAUAAUUCAAGUACAGAGGCAGAGAAUAAAUUUUCAGACUUUCCCGAGCUGGGACAAAGGAGUGCACUCCCAGAUCGUUUAAAUACAGGGACUGCAUUUCAAGACCAUCUUAGUAUGAGUUCAGGAAAUGUAUUAUCAGAUAAUCCAAGGACAAAAUCUCAGCCUACAGUACCAGACAGUCCUUGUAUGGAGCCUCACAUGGAUUUAUCAACAGAUGUUCUCAGUGUUACGUCUUCAACAUUUUGCAAACAAGAAAGAGGAGAUGCAAAUCAAGGAUUAUCUGGAGGGAGAGAAGAUAGUGAUUGUACUCAAUGGAGCUUUGCUUGCCUCUUAUUUCAUCAGGAGGACAGGGAGAAAUUAUGGCCAGACCAGGCUGAGAGAUCAAAAGUGGAGGAGGUCUUUCAGUUAACUGAAAAUGGAGACCCACUUGAUGUUGAUACACUACAAGCUGUUCGCUGUGUCCAGAAAAUGGUGGAUAUGAGACGGUUGGCUGAACUUAUGUCCAAGCGUAUAAUAGGUGGAUCCAGCAAACAUCAUGUCCCUGGGUUGCAUACUGUCUUAUGUCUUGAUGUUUCUGACAGUGUGAAAGGCGAAGCAUUUCAGAAAAUGGUUGAGUGUGCAGAAAAAUUACACGACGGCAUUGAAGAUAAUACUGAAAUAUACUUGGAAGAGUGUGUUGGAGUUGUCGUUUUUGGAGGAGAUGUGAAAAUAAUUCUGUUACCAACAAAUGACUACACUGACUUGGAAGAGACAAUUGAAAAUUUAAAAACUGAUGGUGAGACAAGUCCAUUGCUAGAGGGCAUCAUUGCUAGUUUACUAUUGCUUUUCGGAACAGACAAUGUUUGUGAAAAGUAUCCGCCUUGCUUGAACCCACGCAUUAUCCUGAUGUCAGAUGGUCUGACUACAGAUGGAGGUCAAACUGAAGGCAUAGACACAAUUACAGCUGAGGUCUCUGACGUCAUCAGUAUAUCCUUGCCCAUGCUGCUCAGGGCUUCACACAACAAAUGUAGCAUCAGCUGUGUACAGUUUGGUAGGAAGGAGCAGACAACAGUUAGCUCCAUGAUGAUCAAUCUUUCCCAGGAAACAGGAGGUGACAUUGUUGAUCCAACUCAAAUUCAGUGGCUAAGCAACUACUACAGACGACAGAACGCCAUCGGAAAGGUCUUAGGCUGGUAUUCUGAAAAGAAGGAAGAAUCCACUGAUGGAAUAAAGAAAAUUAUUGAACAAGAAUUAAAAGAUAGUAAAAUUGAUGACAAAAGAGAACAGGAGCAAGUUGAACGAGAAGUUUUCAUGAUGAUAGAUAUGGGAAAAGAAAAUGAAGCCACUGGGUCACAGAGAGAGAACUUACAAGUUAGUCAACCUGUCCUGAAACCAGGCGACAAGGUCAGAAUAGGGUCUGAAUGGAGAGGCCUACAGCCUGAGAAGAGCAGGUUUAUACCAUCAGGAAACAGUGGAACAGUCAUCAAUUUUAACCCGACAGAUGGUACAGUGAAGGUAAAGUUAAGUAAUGGGUCUCAGGACUACUUUAGACAGAGAGAUGUCCAGUUAUUAGAGGCAGCAGAAAGUAGGAGAAAAAGGGGGGGGAUGUUGAACAUCCAAGGUGACGGUGACCUUCAGGUAGACAGUGCAUUAGGCAUUGACUCUGAUGAUGACCAAUCCUUCAGAGGAAUUGAAGAAGAUCAUCAUAACAUAUUCUCAAUGCCAUCAGGGACUGAAAAUGCUUCUGGUGAAUGUGUUACAGAAGUGACUGACAGUGAAUAGGCUCACUCACUUCACAACCAAUAAUCUGAACCAUCAGGAAACACAGCUAGCUGACAAGGCCUGGACUUAUUGUGUUUGAGUCUAAUCCCUACAACACUGAAUUUGUGGCCGACACAGCCUGGACUUAUUGUGUUUGAGUCUAAUGCCUACAACACUGAAUUUGUGGCCGACACAGCCUGGACUUAUUGUGUUUGAGUCUAAUGCCUACAACACUGAAUUUGUGGCCGACACAGCCUGGACUUAUUGUGUUAGAUUCUUAAGCCUACAACACUGAAUUUGUGGCCGACACAGCCUGGACUUAUUGUGUUUGAGUCUAAUGCCUACAACACUGAAUUUGUGGCCGACACAGUCUGGACUUAUUGUGUUUGAGUCUAAUCCCUACAACACUGAAUUUGUGGCCGACACAGCCUGGACUUAUUGUGUUUGAGUCUAAUGCCUACAACACUGAAUUUGUGGCCGACACAGCCUGGACUUAUUGUGUUUGAGUCUAAUCCCUACAACACUGAAUUUGUGGCCGACACAGCCUGGACUUAUUGUGUUUGAGUCUAAUGCCUACAACACUGAAUUUGUGGCCGACACAGUCUGGACUUAUUGUGUUUGAGUCUAAUGCCUACAACACUGAAUUUGUGGCCGACACAGCCUGGACUUAUUGUGUUAGAUUCUUAAGCCUACAACACUGAAUUUGUGGCCGACACAGCCUGGACUUAUUGUGUUUGAGUCUAAUCCCUACAACACUGAAUUUGUGGCCGACACAGCCUGGACUUAUUGUGUUA